UCCCCACCUAAGCAUCAACGUGGCCAAAGGAUAUCCAUCCACAUUUAUACCAAACUUUUUAAAAGGAUUGUCCUCUCCUCUCCCUAUCUAAAAAGUCUAAACAAAUGGCUCAAAUCUCUCUCUCACUCUGAAGAAGAAGCAGCGGUAGAGCUGCAGUUUCCUCUCUUUCUCUGUUUCCUCCAAAGCCUAGUUCGGCUCCUCGCCUAAAUUAAGAGAGGUCAGGGUGUUCCCAGGAACACCCUGAACCAAACGUAGCAUCGCCACUGAAGGUAAAGAGAAAAGAACUUUAUUUAAUGAUGAUGCCGAAAAAUCACCAGUGAGCCACACAGUCCUCGCACACUCAAAGCAAGACCUGCAUAUUAAAAAGAGAAGACCUAACAGAGAGCAUAGGUGUGGUGUCGGCCAAAUACCCUCUGAAGAUCAAGUCAGAAUUUCUCACAACUCUAAAGUGCCAGAGCUGGGGUGAAUUAUGCGUACCUGUUUUCUAAGGGUCUUUGGGCUUUUAUAGUGGUGUAGAAUUGAACUAUUAUACUUGUGUAGCAAGUCUUUUUCAUAUAGGAAAGAUCCUCACUAGUGAGCGUAUCUUCCGGAAUCUUCUUUGUAUUAGAAUUCUAUUCAUAUUGGGAUUUUAUGGACUAGGGUUAACCGUGGGGCGCAAGUCAUUUUUAUUUAGAAUUUCUUGGGGCCCACAUAAUGAACAACUAAGUGCCACGUAGCCUUUUGGUCCGUCCACCCCUUUUGUUCGUCCAUGUAGGAUCCGUCUAUUAUUGGCUCAUUUGCUUAGCAGGCCAUCCAUACAAUAUGAUCAGUCACCUCCAAUAUUCUUCCUCUUCAGUUGCCCCCUUACCUCGUGAGUCCAUGCUCUCAAAGUGGACAGGCUCGCGAGGUGAUGGUUUAAUUUAGACUUUCGACGAAUGCCCCCCUAGCCUGGAUAGGCUGGCCUAGGAUCAUUAAUGAUAGACACGUGGCGUUUGCUGAAUGGCUGCUCACUUGGAUCAAAGCGUCCCUUGGUCUUCUGUACCGUUUUCCCUAUAUAAAUCGAGACUUCUUUCACUCAUUACUUUACUUUCUACUGAAAUUCAUGAUCAUAGCGCACCCGUCACCCUUGUCAGACGCCUGUACCGUUCAACUGUUGCCCCCGUCACCAUUACCUCUUCAUCAUUUGACUCCGUCCUGGUAAGCAUCCACUUCCUCUUCAAAUUUUUAUCCAUUUUUACUUUUCUAGACUCUUACACUUCCAUCAACCAUUAUAGUACUGUCAGUUUUAGGAUUUACCGUCACGUGUAGGUCAUGUCUAGUGCGUCAAGUAACCAGUCGUUUAUCCGUGAUGGAGCAGGCUACAGUGAAGUGUAUCCAUCAGGUUACAAAGACCCUGACAAUCCCAAUGAGGAGAGGAGUCCGUCAGCUUCCUCUUCAAUGGAUGAGGAUUUAGGGACGGAGAAAUCAAACGAUGACUCUAGUGACGGUCUAAUGGAUGUUGAUCCCCCAAUCUAAUCUGUUAGAGGACCUGAUGGGCUUAGGGAGUUCAUCCUUCUUCCUUUAUGGAUGGUCAAUGAUUUUAUUUCCAAAAUCAAAGAAACACACUUCAAAACACUUAGGGAUAAGUAUCAAAUACCCGACAAUAUACCCAUGCGUCUGCCCUACAAAUCAGAGAAGUGUUACUACGAGAGUCUUGAAGACAUAGGAAUCUAUGAGCAAAUGUUGAACGCAGGGCUUAGGUUUUCGUUAAGCACCCUCCACCGUUGUCUCCUCCAAUACCUUGGAUUGUUCGUCAACCAGAUCUCCCCAAAUGCUUGGAGGGUCUUUCUUAGUGUGGAGGUCCUAUAUGGCGCUAUGUCGGACGGAGCACGGAGGUUGAUGGUGGAAAAGUUUUUCCACUGUUGCCGUCCUGCCGAGGUUAUUCAGUCCAAGGGCAUAUACAACUUCACGCCCAUGGGCCUAUUGCUAAGGCUCAUUUAUGAGAAUCCUGACUCCAACAAGGAUUGGAAGAGUCAUUAUUUCUUUUUCGAGGGUGAUGAAUGGAUGUCACCCUAGUGACAACGAAUUUAUGCCCGUUGACAAAACAUGAGGCAUAAUGCCACCGUCGGCUCAGGACCGUCCUCCAGUCACACUUGAACAGUUUAGCUUUUUGGAGAAGAUUUUCAACAAAACCAAGCUUGAAGAAAGGAUGUGGGCUAAGUUGGUCAAUCUAAACACACUGCAUUGGUGUUGUGACGGACGAGAGCCGACCAGAGCUGCCCUUCGAUACGAAGCCCAAGUUCGUCAACGUAAGUCCGUCACUUUGAGUUUUUGUCAAGCUUGCUCAGUUUUCAACAUCCGUCCUCUAUUUUGCAGAAAUGGAAGAUGCUAAGAGAAGGGCUUACAUCAAGUAGCAAGCAGCGAUGAAAAAACAAGGGGACGGUACCUCCAAGGGGAUAGGUUCAUCCAAUCCGUCCACUAAGAGAAAACAACAAGAGAAGACGGACCGUCCUCAAAAGAAGUCCAAGACUACUCUUGAGACUGUCAUGGGGUUGAAAGCCGAAACAAAGAAAACGGUUACCCCAAUUGGAAUAGGAAGGGGGAAGGGCUUAAUGAAGGGUCCAAAUACCAUCCCUGAGAAGCCACCCGUCCUCCUUCGUGAGGAUUCCAAGUACGCUUUGGAGAAGCUUGCUUCCAUAAUCUCUAUUGACGAUUAUGAGGAUCUGAGCAACCAUGCUAUUGAAGCAAUGGGAGAGACGGGACUUUUUUGCAUUACUCAGGAAAUGUUGAUGAUGAAAGGGUUGAUGGGUCGUUGCUUGAGCCAUGAGACGACCUUGGAACGUGUCAGGGCAAAAGCCACUUCGACGGAGGACGAGCUGAAUGGUCUAAAGGCUUGGAGGACGGGCAUGCAGAAGAAACUUGCUUGCUCAGAGCAAGGCAGAGCGAAGCUUGAAAAGCAGGUGGAGAUAUUAAGGAAGGUUCUGGAGGACAAAGAGAGAGAAAUUGCCGAGACCAAGAACCAACUCUAUCAAGUGAAGGAGGAAGCGGUCUGCGAGUAUCGGGACUCCGACGCCCUCCUUUUAGAACUUGGAGAAUCAUUCACCGAAGGCUUUGAUGAUGCCCUCCGUUAGGUGAAGAGUUCGUAUCUGGACCUGGACAUGUCCCAUGUCUCCAUUGAUACUCAGGCCCAAUCGACAGUUCAGCCCGGCCUUUCAGAGCGUACGGAGGACCUUUUUGCUGAGGAUGUAGACGAUGUUGCCGUCGCCUUUUAGGGUGACAGGGAUGCUACUGUUGGAGACCAGGAGAAAGUAGUGGAAGAAGGUACCCGUCAACUUAAGGAUGUAAACGUGGAUGAUACCCUGAUUGCCCAGAAAUAGAUUUUUGUUUUAUGUAAAGACUAGAAUUUUUGUUUUUUUUUUUGUUUUUUGAAUUGUAAUUGUUUUGGGAACAAUCUUUUAAUUGUUUAUCCGUCACUUGUGGCAUGUAAAAACAUUACUUCUUUAUUGCCUGUCUAAUUUUAUGACUUUAAACAUCUAGUUGGUGAUUAAAAAACCAUCUUUUUAGAUGGAUCUGUCCUCUGGUGAAUGUGUAGUGUCAAUUUUAAUUUUUCUUUGAGCCCAUCCACUCAAUGAUUGAUAACACGAGUCCAUCCAGUUUUUGAUUGGAAGCUUUUAAUCGAGCCUCAAAUUGAAUCCAUCCAUUAUAUUGACGACCAACCGUCAACGAGACUCCGUCCUUUUAGGGAUAUUCUUCCUUCUAGGGACCCGUCCAUUGUAUGUAUUUUAUUUAUUAUCCCUCGAGAAGAAUUGUCCAUCUUGGUGGACUAGCUAAUCAAUCCUUUACGGAUGGGUCCAUCCACUUUUAUGGACUUCAGAACAUCUCAUCCUCCUAGGAUGAACCGUCCAUUUUGUGGAUUAAAUUUCCAUCCUCUUGGGAUGAAUUAUGGACUAAAAUCUUUCAUCCUCAUGGGAUAAACCGUCCACUUUAUAGACUAAGUAAAAUCUUUCAUCCUCCUAGGAUGAGCCGUCCACUUUAUAGACUGUAAAACUUUCAUCCUCCUAGAUGAACUGUCCACUUCAUGGACUAAAUUAAAUUUCCACCCUCUUGGGAUGAAUCGUCCACUUUAUGGACUAAGUCAAAUAUUUCAUCCUCCUGGGAUGAACUGUCGACUUUAUAGACUUAGUAAAAUUUUCAUCCUCCUGGAUGAACCGUCCACUUCAUGGACUAAGUAGAAUUGUGUAGAA